GCUCGUGGCCCGCCCUCCCGCGGCGCGCUGAGCCCGCAGUCCGGGGAGGCGGGAGGUCGCCAGGCCUAGAAAAGCGGUGCAGCGCCCGGUACCGCUCCCGCCGGUGGCCCCUUGCCUGUGGCGAAUCUAUCGCGGCGAAUGUGGGGCCGGGCCGGCGGGGACCGCCUGAGAGCGGCCGCGGGGCCGGUAAGGGCUGGGACGACUCCGGCGGGGGUCGGGCGGCCCGUGGGGUCCGGGGCGCCCGGCAAGGGCAGCGCCAGCCGGGGCUGCGAGACCGCCCGCCGGACUGCCCGCGGCUCGUGUCUGCCGUGCCCCGGCGAGGGUGACUGGGGACGGAUCCAGCUCCCUCUCUGCCACGGGACCUAAACUCCUGUCAGCGCCAGGCAGAGUUGUCGGCUCCGCGGUGAAGCCUCUGGGAAAGCCCUGUCAGAGAGGAGCCCCAGGGGACGCCCCUGACCGUCAGCCAUGGCCGUACCUAUCGCGGUUCUUGACUGUGACCUCUUGCUCUAUGGCCGCGGACACAGGACUUUGGAUCGCUUCAAGCUGGAGGAUGUCACGGAUGAGUACCUAGUAUCCACGUACGGCUUUCCCCGACAGUUCAUUUGCUACCUCGUGGAUCUCCUGGGAGCCACUCUCUCGCGCCCUACACAGCGGUCUAGGGCCAUCAGUCCCGAGACGCAAAUCCUUGCUGCGUUGGGUUUCUAUACCUCUGGCUCCUUCCAGACUCGCAUGGGGGAUGCUAUUGGCAUUAGCCAAGCCUCGAUGAGCCGCUGUGUUGCCAAUGUAACCGAGGCACUGGUGGAAAGAGCCUCACAGUUCAUUCACUUUCCUAAAGAUGAAGCUACUGUACAGACGCUGAAGGAUGACUUUUAUGGCCUGGCAGGAAUGCCGGGAGUGCUGGGGGUGGUUGACUGCACCCACGUGGCAAUAAAAGCGCCAAAUGCUGAGGACCUGUCCUAUGUGAACCGAAAGGGUCUCCAUUCCCUGAACUGCCUCAUGGUGUGUGAUUCCAGAGGAGUACUCCUUAGUGCUGAAACGCACUGGCCCGGCAGCCUGCCUGACUGUGCGGUGUUAGAACAGGCAACCCUCACAAGCCAGUUUGAAACUGAGCUUCAUAAAGAUGGCUGGCUACUUGGUGACAGCUCUUUCUUGCUCCGGACGUGGUUGAUGACCCCUCUGCACAUUCCUGAGACGCCUGCAGAGUACCGCUACAACAUGGCCCAUUCCGCCACUCACAACGUCAUUGAGCGCACGUUCAGAACCAUUCGGUCGCGGUUCCGCUGCCUCGAUGGCUCCAAAGGCACCCUGCAGUAUUCUCCUGAGAAGUCCAGCCACAUCAUUCUGGCCUGCUGCGUGCUUCAUAACAUCUCCCUGCAACAUGGGCUGGAUGUGUGGUCUGCACCAGCCACAGGACACAUGGAACAGUCGGAAGAAGAAUACGAGCAAAUGGAAUCAGUGGACUCGGAAGCCUGUCGUGUUCGUCAGGAACUUUUACUUACUCAUUUCAGCUAAUAUUGUGACAGAGAGAAGGCUUUUAACAGUUGAUCUGGGAAGUUAUCUGGAGCAAAUAUGCCCCUUCCUCUUCUUAAAGCCUGUAAAGACUUAAGCAGAUGUGAGACAAGAAGAAAUAUACUCUCUUCCUUUCAGGCAAAUUUCUGAACUUCUCUCAGUCUCUCCAGAGAUUGGAGAGAUUGGUUAAUUGGUACAUUUUUGUUGUCCUGAUGAUUAGAGGCGCCCCAUUCACUUGAGAACAACGACUAAUGUGACAACAGUGGGAAAAUUAGGGAAAUUGUCUUUUAUAGUGAUGGAAAAUUUGUAAAGCUUGCACUGUUUUACAAAUCAACUAUUCUAUUCCACUGUGUAACUCAAAACAUUUAUGACUGAUUUUUUUAAACAGUAUUUUGCACAAAUUAAAUUUCCACAUGAGCUCCUA